AUGGAGCCCAAGGUUGCCGAUAGCCACAGCAAUUCCAGAAAACGUGCCUCGAAAGCCUACAUUCGCGGCCUCGAGAGAAGAGUGGCAUCGUUCGAGCAGCACGGCGAACACUCCACAGCCCCUCAGGGUUUCACCAGUGGACAUCUCGACCAGAGUACGGAUCUGGAACUUGGUAGCGUAGCGGAUCCACAAGAAGCCGUCCCUCCCCAGCCAGAGACAUCGAAUCGGGGGUCGUCACCAAGACAGCGAGCAUCCAAUUCUCUUCGAAGCUCCCCAGGCCCGGUACUCAUGAAUCCGCUGGCACAUGGCUUCACCAGCUACUUUGCAGACGCCAGCGGCAGACCCAUCUACCUAGGAACGUCUUCCAACUGGUCCUUUGGACGAAGAGUUCUCGCCAUGGCUCAUGAGAAAGUCAUGCGUGCACCUCUGCCCCCCGAGAACCUGUUGUUCCAAGGAGAGUCAUACGACUUGGGGUGGGAUGGGGCGAGGAAUUUCCCGCCUGCGCAGCAACCUGAACCUCCCGCUCUUCCGUCCGCGGAUUUUGCAACAUACCUCAUCAGCGCCGUCAAGUUCCACUGCGGCCAGCUCUUCCAUCUCUUCGAGGAGGAAGUGUUCAUGCAACAGCUAUCUGCCUUCCAGGAGAACCCGGCGCAAGUACACCAGAAGCCUAGUCUUUGGUACAUCCACUACCUGCUCAUCCUCGCCUUCGGCAAAGCAUUUGUGGCCCAGAGCAGCAAAGGCCGCAAGCCACCUGGCGCCGAGUUCUUUGUCCACGCCAUGACCCUUAUGCCAGAAUUUGCCUUUUAUAAUGCCGACCCUAUCGAGGCAAUACAGGUGCUGUGCUGCGCCGCUCUCUAUCUACAUUGCCUCGAUUUCCGCGCCGCUGCCUAUCGCAUGAUCGGCCAAGCUCUCCGCAUGGCUUUGGAGCAUGGCAUGCAUACCGAGAUGGGCAGUCAACAAGUCGACCAAGUCCUAGCACAGCGAUGUCGCAAGGUGUGGUGGACAGUCUAUGUACUCGAUCGCCAGAUGUCGUCCCUGAUGGGAGUACCCAUGGGGAUUGCAGACGAGCUGAUAAGCGCCGAACUGCCCACAUUCACGGGUCAAGUGGAACGGUCAACCGCAAUGAAUAUCCAAAUCCAGCUAUCCAGGAUACUAGCUCAGAUACUCAACACUGUCUAUGGGCCGGAAGGACGGCUGGACAAGCGAUUCGUGACCGUCACAAAGGAGUCACUAAAAAGCGUAGCGAGGGUGACGGAUCAAUUGAACGGCUCUUUCGGAAUUCUCGAAAACGGCUCCCAGACCACCAUUUCACGGCUCUCUGCGUACUUGCACCUAUUGUACCAUCAGUGCAUCGUACUCACUACACGACCAUUACUCUUCUCCUUUCUCCGAUCUCGACUCGAGCAGUCGAACGCGAAUCUGGUGGCUAUGCUCAAAUCAGGCAGCGUGCGCAUGCUGCUGCAAAUGUGCGUCGAAUCGGCGCAGCAGAUGCUGACGAUUCUGUCGGCCUUGCAAGAACACGGUCUCCUGGUGAGCUUUCUGCCCUUUGACCUCGACGCGGCGUUCACAUCGGGGAUCGCCCUCUUGAUGGCCGCGAAAGUCAACUCGUCCCUCGUCAAGGACCCUGCCCCCUGGUUGCAGCGCUCGUACUCGGUUUUCCAGGAGAUGAUCUAUCGAGGCAAUAUGGUCGCUCAAAUGACCAAAUCGGAGCUAGAACAAUUAGAAGGGAUCCUUAACAGGGUUUCUCCAACAGGGGAGGAUCAGACGGCAGGGAGAGUCCGUCGUUAUUCGGGUCCACGGGUGUCUUUGGCCCGUCAUGAUGAGCGGGAGUUGCGGUUCUCGGGCGCUCCAUCGCAUUUUUCGACGCUGCCUCCCCCUCCUCCUUAUAUGCCUCCUUCGGAGGCCAUGAGUGAUGGGUUUGUCAUGGACGAGCUCCAGUGGCAGGAUGGGCUGUCGGCGGAGCAGCUUGUGAAUUUUGCCGAGUCCAUGGACCUCAGUGCCUUGGACUGGCUUUCCGUAGAUACCGAGUUGUGA